GCUCUUGUGUCAUGCUGCAUUUAUUCUGAUGGAGAACUGGAACAACCAAUCUUCUGGUUCGUUCCAAUCUAUCCUGCAAUUUUAAAUGCGAGGUUAAAGAUUUAAGAUAAGAGGUUACGCGCGUUUAAAUCGAAUCUCCGGUCUAUGGUGCACGAUAUGUCAUUUUGUGUAGUUUCACAAUUAACUCAGUGUGCGAAGUUUUUGUUAGGACCUUUCCAUCUUUGCAGACCAUAACACGAAGGAAGCGGAAAUUAACAGCCCGCUUGCUUUUCCCGGAGCCACUCCGGAGUCGGGAAAAUUAACUGCAACAGUAAACCGUAUAACAUGAUUUUACUGUUGUUAAAAUACAGAAUUUUUAUUUAGUUCUUUAUUUCACUGCGUAAGGAGGAUCGAAGAGGGAGAGAUCUGAACCCUGAUGCGCUGGGUUGACAGCACCCAGACAAGGAAGAUCUGUCACUCCACAGUCAGCAGUGACAAGGACAGAUAUUGGACUGAAUCAGAUCAGUCAGGACUGUUAUUCUGCCUGUAGAAGCACUUCCUUCUGGAGCUUAAUAUCUGUCUCGUGUCCACACAGUCCAUGCCAUGGAGGCAAUAGCUAAAUACGAUUUCAAAGCUACUGCGGAUGAUGAAUUAAGUUUCAAGCGAGGAGAGAUUUUAAAGGUUUUAAAUGAAGAAUGUGACCAGAACUGGUACAAGGCAGAACUCAAUGGAAAAGAAGGAUUCAUCCCUAAAAAUUACAUAGAAAUGAAGCCACACCCCUGGUUUUAUGGGAAGAUUCCCCGUGCAAAGGCAGAAGAAAUGUUAAAUAAACAGAGACACGAUGGAGCUUUUCUCAUUCGAGAGAGUGAGAGUGCACCUGGAGACUUCUCGCUGUCUGUCAAAUUUGGGAAUGAUGUCCAGCACUUCAAAGUCUUACGGGAUGGAGCAGGAAAAUACUUCUUGUGGGUGGUCAAAUUUAACUCAUUAAACUCUUUAGUGGAUUAUCAUCGGUCCACUUCUGUGUCCAGGAAUCAGCCCAUUUUUCUCAGGGACAUUGAACAGGUACCACAGCAUUCAACAUAUGUUCAAGCUUUGUUUGACUUCGACCCUCAAGAGGAUGGAGAGCUGGGUUUCAGACGUGGAGAUUUUAUCCAUGUCCUGGACAACUCGGAUCCUAAUUGGUGGAAAGGGGCUUGUCACGGACAGACCGGAAUGUUCCCUCGCAAUUAUGUCACACCUGUCAAUCAAAACAUGUAACUUUCAUAGAAAAUGUUUGCUUGCUUAAAGCACCUGUGGACUUCCAGCUGGGUUGCCAUGGAAACAGAAACCGCAGAUUGAUGGAGAAAAAAAGGCUCAGUUGGUGAUAUGGUUGUCGAUUUGCGGAAAAAUAAAGACUGUGCUGUUUGGAGUGGUUGACAGUUUAAGAAGCAUUACAGGCUGUGUGAGAAAAACGCUCCAGACUGAUAUUCAUGUACUGUGUAUCACAUCAACUUUGCUUCAUAUGCAAUUAUAUUUCAUGCUAUAAGACAUCAGCUGUAUAAACAAAAAAAAGCCACAAUAUCACCGUCACAAUACUAGUACAGUUUUGCACCAGGAUUCAUUUUAAAACACCAUGUUAUGCUUGAUUUGUAUUGUUAAAAUGCAUCAAGCAUUUUUCAUGCUUGAUUUUUGUAUUUUUCAUCUUUACAGAAAUAGUGUUACUGUGUUAUUUGGUGUGGGAUUAUCAAUCAUAAUUUCAUUAAGCCAUAUAAUUUAAUUUCAUACUUUAGUCAAGUAGACUUACAUAUAGUCAUAGCUUUGUAUUAAAGUUGUAGUUUACACAGAAAUAUUAAUUCUGUCAUUAUUUACUCAUCCUCAUUUGUUCCAGAUUUUUUGACUUACUGUAGAAGUAAGUCAAAAUGUGCAUAGAAGAAAGAAAGUCAUACAGGUUUGGAACAUCAUGAAGGUGAUGCCAGAGUUGAUUUUUAUGGGUAAACUGUCCCUUUAAAUCUAAAUAGCUUGAAAAUAAUGUAAUGGUGCCAAAGCCUCUGUAGCAGAACAGUGAUACAAUGUAACAAAUUUGGAGCAUUUAAUGAAGCCCUUUAAAAUGGCACUUGGUAUAUAAUUCCAUUUGGGAUUUUUAGUUGGUUACUCUACAUGAUUCCUGAAUAAAUUACACAGAAUAAAGAUACUUCCAGUAAAACCUCCUAA